UGGAUCCAUUCACCUUCUCUUCUCCAAUCAGAGGAAUUUUUAGUGAAUAGCUGGCUGGUUGUGGCUGUGAGUAUCAGUGAGAUCACGUCAUUGAUUAACACAAAAGUGUCUCGCUGCUCGUAGUCUUGUGAAAAUGGCGAGUGACGCAGUAGUAAGUGUUUUGAUAGCAUCUUCAAACAUCUUAUGAUAUCUCAACACUAAAAUCUUCCCAUCAGCAAAAUCCACUUACUGAAAAAACUUUCAAUUUUCAUCCACUCAACCCACACACACACACACACACACACAAUUAAACAGACUCUAAAUUAAUCAGCGACAAUAAAAAUAAAUAUAAAUAAGUCAUAAAAAAUGCUAUGGAAUAAAUGGAAUCAUCAGUAAAAUUCAAAGUUUGAAAAUAAUUUAAAUUUGUGUUGGUUUUUAUAAAAGUUUGUGUACAAUUCUCUCUCCUGGACUGGCCAUUGAUGUGAUGAUAAAUUUCGCCCAUGCAAUGACGCGAUAAUGAAAGUUUUCUUGGUGUGUGAUCUAAAAAAAAAAAAGGAUAAAAUACCAAGACGAAGAAGAGAAAGAGGAAGAGGAAGAAUAAGUAAUAGCGAUAGCACUAGUUGUAUUAGUGGUAGCUAUUGCUAUAGUAUAGAACAAGUAUUUGUAUCUGUGAAUAUAUUUAACAGAUAGUGUGUUCAGAAUUAAGACCUGUCAGAACAUGUACGGCCAGGCAGAUUCAAGCAAGGCUGUUAUCAGCCGAUCAAGGACUUGAUUAUUUAUAACGUAAACAUCACCAUCCUCAUCAUCGUCGACAACAAUAUUGUCAUUAUUGACGACACAUUUGCUUUGUUUAUUUAAUUAAUUAUAUUUAUUGGUAUUACUUUGCAUAAUAUCAUCAUCGGACGCCUGGUAAAACAAAAAAAUAUAAAUAAAUUAUAAGAUUAAGAAGCAUUGGUCAAGUCAUCGUCAGUAUCAAACGUUUGCUGGGAUUUAAUUUUUAAAUCAUCCUGCAGCUGUUUAAAUUAAUUUAAAAUAUUUAUAAGUUUGCAUUUAAAUUUAAUUGAUUAAUAAAUUAAUCAAACGAAAGUAAAUUUAUAAAUAAUACGAAAUAUUUAUUACGGUUUCGCGGAAUUGCUUUGAAAUUUUAAAUAUUGGAGCAGUAAAAUGCUCGUGGGAUCACAUAAUUAUGGGACAGCGGUUUGCUAGCUUCCGAGAAUUUUUCAAAAUGGACAGUAAGCAAUCGCACCAUCAUCAGCAGCUUGAGCAGGAUCAUCAGCAAACCUCGGAAGCUGGUACGGAUGAUAAUCAGCAUGCGUCAGCAUACGUGAUGCCAAAUAAUGAAGACAUCGAAAAUACAGGAGACAAUGAAAAUAAUGGAAAUCAAUUAGAUAAUUCAUUAGCUGAUGAAAAUAAAGAACAAAAUCGAAAUAUAAACAACGAGGAAUUAAAUUUAGAAAAUCAUAAUUCACGUUUUGAGUCUAUUUAUAGUCAGCCGUUAGAUUCGACAACAACAACAACUACAACUACAAACACAAUACAAGAUAAUACUAAUAAAGCUUGUAAUAAUAAUGGUAAUUUUGUUGGUGCCACGGAAACCGAGUUCAAGCAACAGCAAGAGCCCUGCUGCAGUAGCUCGGGUAGUAGCAGUUCUGAAGAUAGCUCUGCAGAUCCAUCUCUCAGACGGACUUCGAAAACUUUGUCUUUUGUAAAACGUAAAUGCAAGCAACGCAACAAAGACCAAAACCAAGUGUGUAAUCAUACUACUUUGUCUUCUAAAAAAAAACGUAGCAAUUGGGUUUUAAAAUUCAAUUGCGCGAAAAGCAAAGGCUCCAAAAAUACAGAUAUGCCCGACCAACCAAACAAUAGCGCCGAGUGUGUCUGUACCGGGUACAGAAGUACCGAAGAACAUCCAAUGGGAGCUGGAGUUGUAUUUAAUAAUCAUUCUAUACCACAAAGUCCCGUUCUAGGACCACUGCCUCCUAGUCCCGUAAUUGAUUUGUCACGAUUUAAUCCCGCAGAAUAUCCUAUGGAGGAUUGUGAUGAACGAGCGCGACAACAGCGGGCUCGAGAAAUGGAGGAAGGUGUAGAACCUCCACCUGGUUAUAGGCCUAAUUAUUCUUCCGCAAUUCAAGUUCAUCCGAACGGCAUAACCGUUGAAGACCUAACAGCACUAUUCCAAUCUCAUGUUGGUAUCCAAGCUGCUGCUGUCACCGCACUGUCACAAAUGGACAUCACUCUUGUUUCAAACAUCGAAAGACCAGCUCACACACAGGUCGAUUAUGUCCACUGUUUGGUACCAGACUUACAGUCUAUAACAGCUUGUACUUUUUACUGGGGUAAAAUGGAUCGUUAUGAAGCGGAACGUCUUCUUGACGGUAAACAAGAAGGCACAUUUUUAUUAAGAGAUUCAGCACAAGAGGAAUUUUUAUUCUCUGUGAGUUUUCGUAAAUACGGAAAGUCACUACACGCAAGAAUUGAACAAUGGAAUCAUAAAUUUAGUUUUGAUUCACAUGAUCCUGGUGUUUAUGCUUCCGAAACGGUUUGUGGCUUAAUAGAACACUACAAAGAUCCAUCGUGUUGUAUGUUUUUUGAGCCAAUGCUGACAAUCCCACUGCACCGUAAUUUUGCUUUCCCGCUGCAACAUCUCUGCCGUGCUGUUAUCACAACGCGAACGACAUACGACGGCAUAAAUAAGCUACAGCUGCCAAAGACACUAAAAAGUUAUCUUAAAGAGUACCAUUAUAAACAGAGAGUACGCGUAAGAAGAUUGGAUAGCGAAAACGAUAUUAUGUUGUACGGAAGAUCCAUAUCAUAUUUACCAAUGAUUUAAAUCUAUUUUCGCUUCAAUGAUUAAUUAAUUAAUUAAGUAAUUAAUUAUUACUAUUAUGGAUACUAAUGUGUUACGUUGCGAUGAUUUAACUCAAGGGAAACUUAUUGAUUAUACUGUUGAUAAAAUUAAUAUUUAAAAUUUUACGUUACUAGCUAAAAAGUACUAUAAUUAUUAUUUUUAAAAAUAAGAAUUAUUAUUAUUAUUAUUUUAAAAAACUCGGUUUUGCAAUCAAAAUAUUAUUUUGCAUAGUGAAUUAUUGUUUUGCGUUUAAGCAAAACUUAACGAAGAUAAAAGAUAAUUUAUUAUAUAUAAUAAAUUGUAAUUAUAUUUUAAUAAUUGUUAGAAAAAAAAAAAUAAAAAAAUUUAUAAAGUAUCGAACAGUAUUUAUGAAUAAGAAGAUACUUUAUAAAUUAACUGCAAUAUUUUACGUAACUAUUAUUAUUAUUUUAUGUAAAUUUAAUCGUCCAUUUUAUUUAACUUUAACUUUAAAAUCGUUUUAUAUUUAUACUCUAAUUUUCUUUAAUUAACUUUAAAAAAUUUAUUAAUUAUUGAUAUAUUAAUUAAUUAUUUACUUGAGUUUAAAAAAAAAUGAAUGAAAGGAAAUGAUAAAAUCUUCCCAGUUAUGAUAAACGUGAUCAGUAAUUUACUCCUAUCGUGCCUAUUUCUUAUUAUUAAUUGUAAUAAUAAUUAUAAAAAUAUAUAUAUAUAUAUAAAUAUAUAAAUAAAAUCACGUAAGUAAGAUAAAUUGUCCGUGUUGGUGUUCAUCGUUGUUGGAAAUGUAAAGUUGACGUUUUUUUUAUUUUCACAAUUUCCUAUUUCUUAUUUUUUUUCUUUUAAAUUUAAAGGAGUAAAUGCGUUGAUAAAAAAAAUGUUGAUAAAAUUUUAAUUAUAAAAUGUACUCUAUUAAAAGAAAUGUAAUUAGGAAAAAAAAGUUGUAUUACCGUCGUUUAAAAUUAUAAAUAUAUAUAUAAAUAUAAAUGAUAAAUAAUUAUUAGAUUAAUUGUAAUUACGAAGGGAAAUGACGGUAUGCAUACGAAAUAUGGGAAAAAAAUUAUAAGAGAUUUUUAUUUUUAUUAAUAAUAAAUUUAAUAGCCUAAUGUAAUGAGUAAUGAGCAGCUGACUCUGAUAAUUUAUUUUUUGUUUGUGAAAGACUAUAAAUUAAUAAACUAAUUGAUUAAUUAAUUAGUUUAAUUGUUGAUAAAUUUAAAAAAAAUGAUGAACAAAAAAUGAUCACUGUAAUUGGUUUGUCGUUAUUAAUUAUAUAUAUGAUAUUAAUAGGGACGUGGGCAGUAAUAAAAUGUUUAUUCUUUUGGUCAAUUGUCAUUCAUCAGAAAACUAGAAAAUAAACUCAUGUUGGAACUAGUGCAGAAUUGUCUUGUGCCAUUCUCAGACAGUGCCCGCACUUUUUAAAAAUUUUUAAUGACAACUGUCAUAAGCGUAUCAAAUUUUUAUCGAUUAAUUAAAAAAAAACAAGCAUUAAUUGAAAAAAAGAUAAUUUCCCCGAGGUAUAGAUUUAAAAAAAAUUAUUUACACUUGAUAUCAAUUAAGAGUUGAAUUUGGAAAAUGAAUUUCAGUAAAAUCGUCAUGUCAAGUUUAUAAUUCAAAUUUAUAAAUUUUGUUGGCCAAAAUUCAUUCAACAAAUUUCGUUUAACUCCUAAUUGACAACACAUGUAAGUAAUUUUUUUUAAAUUCUAUAUGUCAACGAAAUUACGACUACGUCGUCCUCUUUCCAAUUAAGGUUUUGAUUUUUUUUAAUUAAUUAAUUAAAUUUUAAUAGAGUUAUGAGAAAAGUCAUUGCAUAUUUUCAAAAAGUGGAGGCACUGUCUGAGAAUGCCCUUAAAAAAUUUUUGAUGUUUGGUUAAUUUGUAAUGAGCUGUAAAGAAUUGUAUUACAGUUUAAUAUUUAUUGCGUAUUACUAAUUAUGGUAAAUAUCACGUUAUUAAUUUCAGAGGGACAUAUUUUUAUUACGCCCUUUAGGAAACUCUCUAAAGUUAAAAGAAUGUAUAAUAUUUUUUAUUUGGUAAACUGGUUUUUUUUGUUGGUAUAUUUUUUAUUUGGUAAACUCAUUUCAUAGCAAAAAUAAAAAUAAAAUUUCGAAAACCAAAAGGGCAUAUAGAUAAAUUAUACACCCUACUGGCUGUCAAAUUUUUUUUUAAAUUUCAGCUUUAGAAUAAGUCUGCAGGUUCCCUAACGUUUCAUCCGCAAACCUUAAAUCUGCGUCGUUGUUAAUCGGUAAUGAGCCCUUUUUUCAAAGGUUUUGUGUGUGUCUAAUUACAAUAGUAUAUUAACACACUCACGCUUGCAAUGGUACUAAAAAAAUUAAAUGAGUAAAUAAAGUAAAUAAAUUAUUAUUAUAAAGUCACGGAUUUAAUGUCCGCGGGCAAACAUUCGUGAUACCAGUCUGCAAUAUAAUUAGCAAUUAAAAAAAUUUUACGCCCUUUUGGUUUUAAACUCAGUGACUAAAGCCAAAGGGCGGGAAAAAAUAUAAGUCUUUUUGGAAUUAGUGACGCGAUAUAGUAUCGCAUAAAAGCAUUGGAUAAUUCUGCACUAGUUCUCACAUGUGUUCAUUUUUUAGUUUCCUGAUGAAGGUCAAAUAAUUGACCGAAGCGUUGCAAAAAUAAAAAUUACUGUCCACGUCCUGUUAUCUCAUAUAUGUAUAUGUUUAUAUUUAAAUCAUAAAUGUGAUCUUUAAUUUGGUUAUUAAUUAUUUAAUCAUUAUAUAUUGAGGUAACAAAAUGCAUAAUAUAAAAAAAAUACUAAAUAAAUUAAAUUGAUUAUUUAUUGAUCAUAUUAUUCAUGUAACAUUCGGACCAAUUAUUAAUUAUAUAUUUAUUAUAAUACAAUCUAAUGCAUAAUUGAAUAUAAAAUACGAAUUGAAAAAAUAGCUGAGUAGUAAUUGAAUAUAUAAAGAUAUUUUAAACUUAAAAGUGUAAUCAACAAUUUAAAAAAAAAGUUAAUUGAAAUUUAUAAUUAAACAAAUUUAAAUAAUUAGAAUAAUUGAUAAAUUAAAAUUGAUAAUUAUAUUCCUGUUGAAGCAAAAAAAAAAAAAAUUGUUGAUGAUAAAAGCUGGUAAUUGAAUCACCCGCCCAAACUUACUAAAAAAAGACUGAUGAAGAAAUAAAAA